CUCAGACUAUUCGUUAUCUCGAAAUUUUGUUUUAAGUCUAUUUGAAAAAUAAACAGCAACUAAAAAUCAAUUACACUUAGGUAAUUUAAAAAAUAAUUGGUGGGUACCUAAUAAAAACUUUUUUCUAAUAAACUCUUGUUGUAAAAUGUCCCUGGCUGCAAAGGUUUUUUUCCUUUAUUUGAAAUUUUCAAAUUAAGCUUCACCACGACAAUCGACAUGCGUCGUUGUCAUUUGUCAUAGAACGCGCACCGAUUUUGAAAACAAAAAUUUUCAUAAUCAACAAAAGUUCAGUACAUUUUUAGCGAUCACACGCCGCGGGUCACAAAGUGUGUACUUUUUUGAGAGUUUCCAAGUAACUGCUACCCUGGAAGAAUUCGCCAGUCUCCGUAAAUCGGUCAUAAAAGUCAUGAAGAUCAAAUUACCUCGAGAUCGCUUUCCAUCCACGUCUUCCACGGAGGAGCAAGAGAUCAUCCACGACUGGGAGACGGAUGUCCGUCCGCUGAGCGUGCUCCAGCCUCGCCUGCCGCCGCCGCAGGCCAUCAUCGUCGGCUCGGUGCGGAAGAGGCGAGGCAACCUUCCGAAGAACUCCGUGAGGAUCCUGAAGAGGUGGCUGUACGACCAUCGGUACAACGCUUACCCGAGCGACGCUGAGAAGCUGGCUUUGAGUCAGGAGGCCAACUUGACUGUUUUACAGGUUUGCAACUGGUUCAUCAACGCCCGUCGGCGCAUCCUGCCAGAAAUGAUCCGUCGUGAAGGCCACGAUCCCCUCCGAUACACAAUCUCGCGUCGUGGGCGCAAACAGUCCGGCGUGGGCAUGGUCAACAUGGGCGUUGGCGUCAACAUGGGCAUGGUGAACAUUGGCAAUUUGGGCAUGAAUAUGGGCGUGGGCCCGAUGGUUGGGUUGCAAGCGCCCUCCACUUCCGGUAUGCAAAUGUUGCCCAACAACGUGAGCGUCGGUGGAUGGGAACAUGUGGAUGUUCAGCAGAGCAUGGAGCAUGGGCGCGGCAUCGGUGGCGUGCACUAUGGCGACGGGCUGCUUGUAUACCGCAGCGAGGGCGAUGAGCUCCCCGACGCAGAGGAGGGCUACUCCAGCGCGCUCAGUGAGGAGGAGGUCAAGUACGACCCCUCCGUGUGGCAGUCGGUCAUCCGCUAUGGGGCCGAGCAAGACUUUCAAACGGACCAUAGAGGCACAACAGUGGUAACAAUGACUGAGGGCGGCGGUGAGAUCGUGACAGGAGACGUGGGCGGCUGGCAGCCCCAGGCGCCGGUUCUGCGGCAGGUGAGUCCGCCGCACUCGCCCGCUGUGCCCGUGGCCCCGCUGCCUCAGCCAGCCGAUCCCGUGGCUCCACCAGCUCAGCCCGCUAUGUCCGUGGCCCCGCCGCCUGUUGCCGUCGAACUCGAGGUGGCCACCACCGAAAUGUGGUCCCACACUUAGAAGAUCAAAAUGUCUAUUCGCCUAAAGACGUCUUGUUUGAGACGCUGUUUGUAUGAGUAUGGUGGGCUAUCUUUCGCCACCAUGGAAAACUCUUACAAAGAUAACUAACUGACUGACAUAAUGAUCAACGAACACCCCAUACUACUCGCUAGCUAACACUAUGUUGCAAACGGGUUUAUUAAGGAAGGAAAAUAUUUACCCCUACGUUAGUGAUAAAGGAGAUGAAAUUUUGUAAGAACUACGCUUCAUAUAAGCGGAGGAAGCUGCAGGCCAGCUGCUAUAAUUAAUUUAAACACCCACUGCAUGCUAGUUGAUCAUGUCCUAUUAAAGAUCUGAUCAGGGAUCUCAUGACUCGUUUUUUUAACGAGUGUCUGACACGACGUCUAAUAAAAUGCUCAUAGAGUUGACUAUAUUUUACUCAGAAUUAAUUUGUUGCGUUUCUUCAGAUAUAGCAUGUAACAUGUCUUUUUGCGUGAUAAUCUGUUCCCUACUUAAUUAAAAUUAAGGAAAAGGCGACGUCGGUGUUAAAGCAUGCCUAUAUUAUGUCUUCAAUUAACGUUGUAAAGACGGUGUACAUUGAGUAUAUUAUUAUAAAUAAAAACUACAGUUAAGGAAAUAAUGAUUAUGUCCUAUCGGAGAGAUGAUUGUUGUGUUUAGUGUCAUAAUAAAUAGUUUGUGAUCUCGAAAUGCUUUUCAUUUUUACAUACAAACAAGAUGAUUUUGUAAUGUUUUAACGCCGGCAUCACCUGAAUUUUCAAAAUUU